GCCCAUCAGCUGAUUAUGGAGGUAAACAAGGAAGGGAGCCUCUCCGCCACACCUUCCUCGGCCACAAACACCACUUUAUCUCCUCCUGUAGCCAUGCCACGAUGAGGCGGCAGGGAGGAACGUUACUCUGGGCCUGGUGUGUGCUGCUGACGUGUGUGAGUGCUGCUGAGGGCGGUGCUGAAGGGCCUGGACAGCACUCAGCCACCAGCUCGACUCCAGCCCCCAGUUCGAGUCCCCGUGUACCAGCCCCCAGUUCGACUCCAGCCCCUCACCAGACUGCCCCAGGUCAUCAAGCCGCGGGUACAGAGGUGCUGGGCGUUGGUGAGGGGCACACCACCACCAGUGACGUAGAUAAUGCCCUCCAAAGCAGCCACAUCCCUUAUCUCCAUGACGUUGUGACACCCAGUUCGAGUUUCAGUGUGCCAACCCCCUACCAGACUACCCCAGGUCACCAUGCCGUGGGUACAGAGGGGCUGGGUAUUAGUGAAGGGCACACUACCACAAUUAAAGCUUUUCAAAGCAGUCACAUCGCAUAUCCCCAUAACGCUGUGACGCCCAGUUUGAGUUUCACUGUUUCAGCCCCUCACCAGACUGCCGCAGGGAUAGAUACAGAGGGGCAGGGUGUUGGUGAGUCCCGAGUGCAAGGCUUGAACCGCAACACAUCAGAGCCUCCUCCUCCACUGCCUAAUGUGCUACCUCAACGUGAUAUUGGAGUCACAAGCACAUCAAGCACGAGCCCUCACCUCGAUAAAACAGUGCAGUUGAAUAUGAGUGUACCUGAUGAUUCUAAAACUGUGUCUCUGAAACCAGCAGUCAGUGCUCCUUUGCCCAAUGGGAAUGUGUUUAGUAAGUUUACCUUGGAGGAUGAGAACCAAGGUGUUACUACGUUCCCAUCACACCCUCGGCAUCCCAGUACUGAUGGCUUGUAUGCUGGAACAACAGGUGCUGACGCAGAUCAUAAGAAGCACCAGGGUGCUGGAAAAGCCACACGGGAAAACAUAGAUCUUUGUGACAACACUCAUGAUAUGACAUUCCUUGAGGAAGAAUAUUCAAUGCUCAACAACACUCACAAGAUCACAGCCAUUCCGCACCACUCAACCGUUUCUGUCAAUAUCACUGACAUUGGUGAAGCUGCAAGAUUCCUCAUUUUCCAGGCCCAUUCACAAAAUUAUUAUCUCAUAUUAAGUAAUCAAAAACAGCCAGAGAGUCACUGCUACACCAACAGUACUGACCCCGGCCUGGUGUUGUGGCCUAGUGUUGACAACUUGAAUGGAUGCAACCGGCAUUCCAACUCAUGCCAGGUUUUCGUUACGAACUGCCACAACAGGAACAUUACAGUCUUGUUCAUAGUGAAUAAUUACACCAAUGCUGAUCCUGUUCCUGGAGCCUACAAGAACCCCUGUGUGCCCAUGCCCUUCCUCAACCUGGACCCGAAUAUUCUCACCACAGAGGUCUCCUUCCAAGCAGCUUCCAUGUUUGACUGGCAGACUGUGGAGGUGGUGGGAGCUCUGCGCUAUGAAAUAUUUCUCACCUAUAUGUAUGAGAGAGACCUGAGUGAAAGGAAGUACUGGGACACACUUAUUGGCACCAGAACCCUCCAAGGACUGAAGGAAAAUGGAAAAAUAGUAGAUGUUAGAGAAAAUAAUGACACAGCAGAGCUGUUGAAGGUGUGGCUGGUGUCCUACUCAGGCGUUGGAGCAGUGAUGACUGUGGUGGUGUCUUACAAUGGCUCUAGCGGCACCCUGUACUCCUCAGGUGUGUCCUACGGCUGCAACUUCAUUGAGGCACAAGAGUACCGAUGCACCAAGCUAGUCACCACCCUGGCCAAGCUGUUCUGUGCCUCCCUGCUGUUCAUCGGCGGCAUCCUGCUGUUCCUGGGGCAUCGGUGGCUCAACUUCACCAUGUUCAUCUCCGGCUUCCUUUUCUGCUGGUGCAUUCUGUUCCUCAUGUUUGCUCAAGACACACACAGCACCAUCACGGGGCUGGGCUGGGGCACCCUGGUGGGGGCAGUGCUGGGGGGCUCCCUGUGGCUGCUGGCCUGGCACAAAUUCCGGCGGCCCUUCCACUCGGCGUUGCUCAUCAUCGUCAUGACUGUCUUCUUUGUGGGGAUGAUUGUCACCUACUUCCUCCGAUUUGCAGUGUCCCCCAAGACCUCCAAUCUGUCAGCCUUUGUUGUGUUUCCAGUACUGUUCGCCAUCAUCAUCAUUGCCUACUCCAUCAUUAACAUCAAAAGGGUUCACAUAUUUUCAUGCACAUUACUAGGGUCAUACGCCUUCAUUGUGCCCUUUGCCUUUUACUUUGGGUCAUCAUUGACAUACAUAGUGAUCAAUGUGCUGGGUCUGCUGACGGUGGAGCAUUACUCCCACACAGUGGGCUACCCGCCCUUCCAGGUUUGUGACAUCAUUCUGCUGUGCCUGUGGCUGGUGCUGUUUGUUGGAGGGAUGGCCUACCAGCUGUACCGAGAACGUUCAAGUCCUCCCUUCCACCCUCCCAACCUCACCUCAUGGAAAGACUUCAAGAGAUCUGUGAACUUUGUUUUUGAUAAGAUGUUUGCCUGCCUGCCCAUGGACCCAGACCCAGGCGGCAUAGACAUUGAGGAGCGCCCGGCCUGGCUGCUGAGGGUGGUCUACACCUCCAAGCUGGCCUGGCAGAGGCUCACUUGUGGCCGGGGUGACAUGCCAGAGUCGGGCUAUGAGAGUUUUCCCAGAAUCAGAAGGCAAUCUCAGUACCUUGAGGAUUCUGACUCCCAUGAAUCUAGAAUGGCAGUAAUUUUGUCAAGAAUCAAAGAGUGGAAAGGAAGGGUUCAGCUCUACUUCAGGAGAGGUAAUGAGAGACUCCUGCAGGAAGAUGAAGAUGAGGAGCAGCCUAAAGAAGAGGAUGAGGAGGAGGAGGAGGAAAGGGAGGAAGAUGAGAGCCAGCUUCUGGAUGGAACAGUGUCCUGCUGUGCCUUCAGAGACUCCCAGGUGGUGCUUGAUGAUGCUUACACCUCCAAUGCCUAGCCCAUGGUACAGACAGACACUCCCCUCUGAUAGCAAAUAACCUCCAUUGUGGGGUUAAUAGAAUAUCCACCGGAUGAGAGAGUCUGGGUGGCUGUGAUAUUGUUGACUUGCCUUCAUCUUGCCACACAAAUAUAGGCAUGAGUUUGCUCCUGCUGGAGCCAUCAGUCCAGGAGAAGGUAACUGUGGUUCUUAACUUUGGUUGUGUUGCUGCUCCUCACAGAGCCACACUGGGGGCCGCACUGCCUGGCCCUUCGUGCACUACUCAGACAUUAGCUUAAGAAGUUGAAAGCAUUCCAUUUAGAGGGAUUGAUAACUAUGUGAUACUUUCAUAUAAUCAUUAUUUAAUGCAUUUUUAUCUUGGUAGUUGAAUGAUUUAGUACCUUUGAAAGUCAUGUUUGAUAGGCAUUGAUCUCACUCCCCAAUUCAAUAUAUAUAUAUAUAUAUAUAUAUAUAUAUAUAUAUAUAUAUAUAUAUAUAUAUAUAUAUAUAUAUAUAUAUAUAUAUAUAUAUCUAUAUAUAUAUAUAUAUAUAUAUAUAUAUAUAUAUAUAUAUAUACACACACACACACACACACACACACACACACUGAGAUAAUUUUGUUUAAUUGUUGCUGAUAAUUAUUCUCUGGGUUCUGUGUACACGGAUAUUUUGCACUUCUCGCCCCUUGUAGGUAUUUCAAACACUAUCAUAACAUGACAAACCACUUUUGUAUAACAACACCACGAGCAAUAAUCCAACACACCAGUCCAGCACAACCAUGACCUCCCACCCCCCGCCGCGUGCCCCGCCACGCAUCAGGCGCCCCGCCCCGCCCCGCAUCAGGCGCCCCGCCCCGCCCCGCACGUGCCCGACGCAACGCUAAACACGACUCUCAGGAAGCUGCUGUAUUGCCCGUCGCCGCUUGGUGGCAGCCGUGCGCGCCACGGCCGUCGGGCGUCUAUGUCUUGCCAUAGAGUAUAAAGUUUUGUGUUAGUAAAGUAGCGAUGUAAAGUGUAAGUUUGUAUUAUUCACUUGUACCAAAGAGCGUUAUUAUAAUGAAUAAUGGUGUUGAGGUUAGACUAGUUUGUAUAUAAAGCAAGGAAAUUCGUUGCCAUCUGUUUUGCUCUAGAAGUUCAAACGUUAAAAACUAAUUAACGAAUGUAAUGCUGACACACACACACACACACACACACACACACACACACACACACACACACACACACACACACACACACACGGCCUAAAACGUCCAUAAGAGUGCCAAGUGUCCAUCGUCCUAUCGUGAUCCUGACCGCCGUUACUAACACAAAAACGAUACUCGCAUAGCCGCAUCCACUGAGCCGUCUGUGCCGCCGCCACGCCGCUGGGGCCCGCCUCGGAGGCCGCGUGUGGUGGUGUGUUGGCAGUCACCAUCUCGCUGUUGUGCUAAAUACGUAAGCGUCUGUGCCCGUGUUUGUUAGAAUUUAGAAGUUUCAAGGGUAGAACUAGAAAUGUAAUCUGAAGGUGAGGUCGUUUGUUAUUACCAAUUGUACAGUGAUAAAAUAACAUUAAGUAAACUGUUUAUGCUUUGUUUUAUUGUAGUGUGAAGGGAGGGUUGUAAGGCAUCAUUGAAUAUUGUUUCUGCGUUGCUCUCCCGCCUGUAUUCGGUGAAGGAUAAACUGACAUCGUGAAUUUAUGCAUUUGUAAUUGUUGUAUUUAUAGCGUGAAAGUUGAUGCCGCAUGUAAUUUUCUUGAGAAUAAGAUAAUUUUUAAGUUGCUGUUUCACCUGCAUAUGAGUGAAGCACCAAUCCCAAUAGGACAGCCAGUCUGCGUACCUGUACCCACGGAGGCGCGAGCAGGGUAAUAAGGUCGCUGCCACACACGAGGCAGCGACGUGCGAAUAAUUACGUCUCCGUGGGCAUGUUGAGCUGCCGGCACCCGCCUUGGCGCUCCCCAGGUUGUGUUAUUCCCAGGUGUUAAUUAGCUCCAGGUUGUGCUAGUUGUUAAUGUGUGCUCAGGCGAGGCUGAAAGACGCCGCCUGAGUGCCCUCGCCGCCGGGGCUGAGCGGCACAAUAAAGGUGCUGGGACCUGUGA